AUGCUUGCGAGACGCCUUAUUAUUCUUGCUUUCUUAAUAUUGGCCAUACAUUAUACUGUGGAAGAUAACUUUGAAUAUGAUGACACUUGGCAUCCUUUCAUUGACCUCGAUGAUCUGAAAACGCAACAUCGUUUCAUUGAACGUGCAGGACGUACACCACGGAGGGAAAAACCUAGCUAUAUACGAUUCGGCAAGAGAGAAUAUUUUGAUCAAAAAUAG